AUGGAGAAUUCGAUCUUUGUUUUAUUAGUUGGACUAAUUGGAGGAUGCUGGGCGAUGAAUGAACAUUGCAAUAAUACAGAUUUGUCGGCAAGUGACUUCAUCGACUCCCUUUGCUAUGAUAAAUGGACAAGACCUAGCAAUGGUUCGUAUCCACUUACAGUACACGUCCGGAUGUACAUUUAUUUUGUGGGUGCGAUAGAAGCUCAAUACUUGCAAUUCACAACCAACGUUCUCAUAAGUUACAAGUGGAAAGACAACAGGCUGGCUAGGGAAGGAGGUGUGAUAGAAGGUGAGAAGUCUUUGUUAGGGAAGCUUUGGAACCCACAUUUAUAUGUUGUCAAUGAACUAGACAGCAAGAUUAUGGGGUCAGGAGAAGAUGUUUUACUCACUAUACAUAGCGACGGCACUGUUCGUCAGUCUACCAGGAUGAAAAUGUCAUUGUUGUGCCUUAUGAACCUCCAAAAAUUUCCAUUUGAUUCUCAAAACUGCCCUAUAGUUCUUGAGAGCUGGGGCUAUAACAAGAGCCAAAUUAACCUGGAAUGGGAGGAAGAUUCACCUGUCACUGUUAACUCUAAUCUGGAACUUACUGAGUACAAUCUAGCCUACACUUGGACAACUAAAAGUACCAAUUCUUACCUCAUGUCGAAAUUGGAAAAGCCAAAAGCAACUUACAGUAAAUUUUAUGGUGAUUACAGCUCCCUUACAGUUUUAUUCAGAUUUGAACGAGAAAUCGGUCAUUACAUUAUGGACUACUAUGUACCUAGUAUACUCCUCGUCGUCGUUUCCUGGGUUUCAUUUUGGUUGGAUCCUAAUGCAGUUCCAGGAAGAAUUACAUUAGGUACAAGUACAAUGUUGACGUUCAUUACUUUGUCUAGAAAUAUAGGAUCCUCUCUACCAAAAGUUUCUUAUAUUAAAGCUACUGAAAUUUGGUUCAUCGUUUGUACUGCAUUUAUUUUUGGUUCUCUAGUAGAAUUUGCUUUCGUAAAUACAAUAUGGAGAAGAAGAAAAAAUGUGGAGUUGAAGAAAGUGAAUAGUAAGUACAUAUUGAGAUCAACCCUGACACCACAGACAAAGAGAAAAGUGAUUCCUUCUAUAGAUAGGAACGAAUCAUUUACAUCUCUAGAAGAAUCGAAAAAUUCAAACUCUUCUUCAGGUCCUAAAUACAACAGCCAAUUAACAGUAAUGUCUCUAGGAUCGAUAAGCAGAGAUCCUUUCCCCUUUACUUCAUCAGAAUCUGAUGUUAAUGAGGGAAAAGAUAAUUCUACACCUCAAAAGGGUUUCUUCACUAUGACACCUCAGGAAAUAGCACAAUGGAUUGAUCGCAGAAGUCGGCUAGUUUUCCCUUGCAGUUUUAUUGUUUUCAAUUGUUUGUAUUGGACUUUUGUAUAUAUUGAAUUUUAA